AUGCCGAGCCAAUCGCGCGACCGAGACCGUCGCGACAGACGAGAAAGGGAUCGCACUCGGGACCACGAUCGCCGGCGUCGAGAUCGCGACUCCGACCGUGACCGCGAGUAUAUCCGUGGUCGCUACGAAGACCCCGUUGAAGGCACACCCAGUCCCAGCAACGAGCGGAGCGCAAAGUACCGCUUCCGCGGGGAGUCGGGCUACGAAUCGAACUCACACACGGAACGCGAUGAAUACGACGAAGAGCGUGAGCUAGAGCGCGAACGAAGACGAGAACGGAGACGUCGACGCCGCGAAGAAGAUGCUCUGGCCUACGGGUCUCCUGUUUCGGAUCGACGGAGGGAACGGGGAAGUUCCAGGCCCACCGAUUCCCCUGCUUCGCCGGCAAAGAGGAGGGAGCGCCGAGACCGUGAUGGACAUCGAAGACGGGAUGAGGACAGCCCUGUGAGAGAGCGUCGGAAUCGUGAUAUGAAUGUUGAUGCCGAGACGGAGGCGCGACGACACAGACGACGUGAGCGCGAACGGGAAAGGGAACGUCAGCGUGAGAGGGAGAUUGAUGCUGUGGCUGAUGUGCCGGCGCGGAAACAUCGCAGUACGGAAUCUUCGAGCAGUGCGUCGCACCUCCUAAGCGUUGACGCUAUGGCGCGGCUGGCUGCUCAACAUGAAUAUGAUGAUCGGAAUGAUUUGGCUCGCGAAGAAGAAGAAGCGCGCAGAGAGCGGAGGCGUCAGCGAAAACGACCGGUCGUGGACGAUGCUGGCAGUGCUACGCUCAGUGCUGAUGUCGCGGAGGCACGAACACGCCACAAAUCGGGGGCUCGAGUUGCGUCCGGCGCAUACUUGGAGGAAGGGCACAGUUCCGAUGCGCGGGUUCGUCGUCGGGGCGGCGGUGGUCCCGCCAUGGAUGAUCACUGGAAGGAAGAGGAUAGCUGGGAAGGCAGUUAUGACAGUCGAGGACCGCCGACGUGGAAAUUCUGGUCAAAUUGGUCGAAGAGGAAGCGUAUUCUACUUGGCUGUUUACUGCUGUUGGUCCUGGUCCUGGCAAUUGUCAUACCAGUUGCUGUUGUCGUUUCCAAAAAGAAUGAUACAGACACAGGCUCAUCCGGAUCCUCCAGCUCGGGUGGUCCUUCCAAUUCAAACCUGGACAGCAUCAGUCGCGACAGUAUUCCGAGUUAUGCCAAGGGCACUGUCUUAGACCCAUUUACAUGGUACGACACCAAUGGAUUCAAUGUGACAUUCACCAAUGCCACCGUGGGUGGUCUUUCUCUCAUGGGGAUCAACUCGACCUGGGAUGACUCGACGAGGGCAAACGACAAGGUACCUCCCCUCAAUGAGGCGUUCCCGUAUGGGAGUCAACCAAUUCGUGGUGUAAAUAUCGGAGGAUGGCUGUCUAUUGAGCCAUUCAUUACUCCCUCAUUAUUCAAAAGAUGGUCAUCAUCUGAUGGAAUCGUCGAUGAGUACACCCUAACCAAGAAGCUCGGCAACUCCGCGGCAUCGACAAUUGAAAAGCACUAUGCCGACUUCAUCUCCGAAUCGGACUUCAAAGAAAUACAAGACGCCGGAUUAGAUCAUGUUCGGAUCCAGUACUCCUACUGGGCCGUCACUACCUACGACGGUGAUCCCUACGUCCCCAAGAUCUCCUGGCGUUAUCUUCUGCGCUCCAUUGAAUGGGCCCGCAAGUACGGACUGCGUGUGAAGCUUGACAUCCACGGUCUCCCAGGCAGCCAGAAUGGCUGGAACCACAGUGGCCGCUUGGGGAGCAUCAAUUGGCUGGUUGGCUCAGACGGCGAACUCAACCGUAAGCGCUCGCUUGAAAUUCACGACCAAAUUUCCCAGUUCUUUGCCCAAGACAGAUACAAGAACGUGGUUACAAUCUACGGCUUGGUGAAUGAGCCUCUCAUGCUAUCACUGCCGGCUGAUAAGGUUCUGAACUGGACGACGGAGGCAUCACACUUGGUGCGAAAGAACGGCAUCAAUGCGACUUUGGUUCUGCACGAUGGCUUUUUGAACCUCAACAAAUGGGACAACAUGUACAAGUCUCACCCGGACAAUAUGUACCUGGACACCCACCAGUACACUACUUUCAACACGGGCGAAAUUGUCCUCAACCACACUGCCAAGGUUGAAAUUAUCUGCAAAAACUGGUAUUCCAUGCUCCAGGAGAUUAACUCGACAUCAACUGGAUGGGGCCCUACCAUAUGCGGCGAGUGGUCUCAAGCAGACACAGACUGCGCGCAAUACGUCAACAAUGUCGGUCGCGGUACUCGUUGGGAAGGCACCUACGACACCAAAGAUUCCACCGCGUACUGCCCAACAGCAGAUGACGGAACCUGCAGCUGUUCCAAGACAAUGGUCGACCCUGCCGUGUAUUCAGACACGUACAAAAGCUUCCUGCUGACCUAUGCCGAGGCCCAAAUGUCCGCCUUCGAAACAGCCAUGGGCUGGUUCUACUGGACCUGGCGCACCGAGUCAGCAGCACAAUGGAGCUACCGCACAGCGUGGAAGAACGGAUUCAUGCCCAGUAAGGCAUACUCGCCGGGCUUCAAGUGCGGAGACACGAUCCCCGAUUUCUCGGGCAUGCCCGAGUUCUACUGA